UAUCAGUCGAUUUUAAUAUGUGAAUUCAUCAUCUUGAAAAACCCCAUACUGUUAAUUUUUUUAGCAUAGUGAUAUUUCCAAUGUUGGUCUUUCCAUCAUUCAUUGUGUUUAUAAUACUGUGUACCGAAAAUAUUGAAGGGUCAACAAUUGUAGAGUUGCCACAUGGAAAAAUUGCUGGGCACAUUCUAAAAAGCGCUAAGAAUAAAAACUUCUAUGCUUUCCAAGAAAUUCCUUAUGCAGCUCCACCUGUAGGACCUAAUAGAUUCAAGGAACCGGAAGAACCAAUUCCUUGGGAACAUGUCUUAGAUACAAGCAAAAAUACAAAAGUGUGCAUGCAAGUAUCAACCGAUUAUCCAAAUUUGAACAUAACUGAGGACUGUUUAUAUUUGAAUGUAUAUACUCCAGUGAAACCAACUAUGUGUAAUCAUUCAUUACCAGUUCUUUUAUGGAUACAUGGAGGACAAUUCAAAUUCGAAAGUGGUAUAAUAGAUCAAUAUGAUCCCAGAUAUCUAAUGGAUUAUGAUAUAGUCGUUGUGACAAUUAACUACCGCUUAGGAGUCUUAGGAUUUUUGUCAACAUCUGACGGUACAAUACCGGCUAAUUUAGGUAUAAAAGAUCAAUUGAAAGCCAUCAAAUGGGUCAGUCAAAAUAUUCAUCUAUUUGGUGGAGAUAACAACAAAAUUACCGCAAUGGGAACUAGUGCGGGUGCAAUGGCAAUCGGGUAUAUAAAUUUAAGUGAACAAGCAAAAGGAUUGUUGAAAGGUGUGAUUUUAACAAGUGGGUCUUCAAUUAGUCCAUGUUCUUAUCAGGAUAAACCAGAUCAUUUCGCUUUUAAAUUGGGCAAGGCGUUAGAUGUGAGUUUUAAUUCAAAUAAUACCAAAGAUUUACUUGAAUUGCUGCAUAAGUAUUCAGCUGAAGAAAUUAUAUCAGAAACUGUUUUCGAUGACAUCUACAAUAAUACAGUUGGUCCAAAUAUCAUUUGGAUACCUACAGUAGAGAACGAAAAAGACGAAAACGCUCUAGUGACAAAACCAAUGCUGGAAUCAAUUUCUAAUGGGAAUUUUGACAGAAUUCCAAUGAUGUUUGGAGUUGAUUCUGCAGAAGGACUUUCUUUCGUAAACGAUAUAAAAUCACUCGAAAACAAAGCUAAAAAAAUCGAUAAUAAUAUAAGUUUGUUAUUAAACCCAAGAUUGUAUAUACCUCCUGAAGAACUAACUUUAGCUGGUGAAAAAUACAGAACUGUAUAUACACAAUCGAAGUUCCAGGAUGAUAUCGCUGCUUUCGUAAAGUAUAUGGGAGACGAAUGUUUUGUACUACCCACCCUUCAUCAUGCUGUACUGGCAUCAGCUUAUACACCUGCUUACUUUUAUCAGUUUUCUUAUGAAGGGCUCAUAGGAGAACAGCAUGUGCAUAUUUCAGGAAUUUCUGGUACCGGACAUGGAGACGAAUUGAAAUAUAUUUUUCCUUCAAAACAAGAAAAAUUGGCUUAUAAAAAUAUCCCGAAAGAAGAUCAGUUAAUGAGACAACGCGUGCUCCUAUUAUUUACAAAUUUUGUGAAAUACCAAACAACUUAGUAAAAUCUAAAAAUACGUAUGAGGAAUGCAAAAUAUUUGAAAGAAAAUUUAUAGUCAACUACUAGAAACUUAUAAAACUUCAAAAUAACUCGUUGAAACCUCAUCAUUGAAACGAUAAAUGCGACCCUUUGCGUUUUAUAAAACUCUAAAUACUUAAGAAGAAUGCAAAGUUUUAGAAGAAGAAUAUAUAGUUGAUUUUAGAAGGUACCAAUUAUUUCUAUCCUACCUAGAAAAAGAAGCACUAGAUUGUUAUGACAAAUGUUUCACACUUUCUUCAUCAUGACUACAUAUUUUCUGCAAUUUACUCAGCAAUAACUCUUACGAAUUAUUUUUCCUAGAAUGUUAUAAACUCCAAAAUGAUUUCCAGAACUCCCAUCAUGUAUUUCCUGUAACACCUUAUCCAUUUUGACCUUGAAACAUUAGAGAUUUUAGAUUUUUCAUGGGGAAUCUCCCAUAUCCGUUUUAGUAAUUUAUUCUAAAGAAUCAAAGAGUCUCACAUAAACCUUUCCGAGCUUUCAUUGUCGGUACAAUAUCGGCGUUUCUAAUUUUGUUUUGUUCUUGAUUUCUUGUGCAGCUGGGGCAUUCUGAUUUGCAUAAUCUUGAAAAGAGCAUUUACUUGACUGCAUAAUUUGAGAUACCCUGUAUACAUUAUCAAUAAAUUCAAGAAAUCGGGGUUGAAAAUACCAUAUCAAAUUACAGACUCUAGUGAAGUGAAUUCAUGUGAAUAAUAUAUGAAAAUUAAUAUGCAAUAUGAGAUGGUGAAACAAAGUUUCAGAGUACGAGUUCGGAAACUUUCUGUAUUUAGUAUUAUUAUAUAUUUUCUAGGAAUCCAACUCCUUGUGUUGAUAACUUGCUACAAGGUGUAGUUUGGCCGCAAAUAAAGGAAAACAGUUUACAGUACUUAAAUGUGAAUAGUACUAUCGAAAUUCGACAAAAUUUAGAUAGAUAUUUACAACUGAGGAGCAUCUAUGAAAAAUACAGUCGAAAACCGUAUUUCAUUAUUUAAUAUAGAAACUAAUACACCGAAAUAAAACAUUUUUUGUAUAAAUUAUCGAAUAAUUCUUCUAUCUACAUUAAGUAGUGUACUCAAUUUAUUUUUAUCUAACCAAUAUAUUAUAAGCAUUUGAAUAAACCUUCAAAUUAUGA